GCCCUGGGCUACUCAUGGGAGAGGUUGCCAAGGAACAUGGAAGGAAACCACCAGGGGGAGCCAUACUGGCCCAGCUUGGCCCCAGAGCUUUUCUACCAUCCCUUCUGGACCUGUCGAUGUUGGAUCUUGCUGUCCCCUGGCCCUGGCUCAGUGGCUGCAACACUUGGUGUCCAAGGGCAAUGCUGAGAGCACCCACAUGGCAGUAGUCAGCAGAUCAGGAAAUCACCAAGCAGAACUCAGGGCAGUGUGUGUCUGGUUAACCAUUGCGCGGUAUUGAACCAACGGAUCUUCCAGAGUGGGUGACUCGGAGCUGGCCUUUGGGAAUGCAGAGCAUGACUUCCCACUUCCAAACCAGUAAUAUCAGGCUCUGGGCUAGGUGCCGGGGGUAAACCCUUCAACAAGACAGACAUGGUUCCUGUCCUCAGGGAGCAGAUGGUCUGGUGGGAAGACAGGCAUUGAACAAGCAGGUACACGUGUGAUGUCAGUUGCAACACAAGGUACUAUCAAUAGAUGGGUUGCAAAGAUGAGCAAGAGGGGUUUUCAAGGGUAUGAGGAGGAAGGAUUACCAAAGCAACUUUAAGGAAUCAAGCUUGAGCUAGUGGACAGAGAUCGGGGAGUGUGGGAUAAUAGAGAAAAAACAUUCUAGAGGGUAAGAAGAUCCUCAUUCACUACAAAAACACUUGUUGAGUAUCUCCUUUGUGCCAGACACAGUGCUGGCCCUGUAAAUACAGUGGUGGGUCAGACAAAACAAUCAGGUAAAUCCUGCCUUCAUGGAGUUCUCUGUGGGGAAGAUGGAAUUAAUCAAUACUAAAACAAAUCCAUGUCAAAUUAUAACUCUGAGGGUGAUGGAGAAACAGCGAGGCUGGGAGAAAGUGAACAACCAGGGAAGUAAUACGGGUGGAGGUCAGAGAAGGCUUACUGCUAGUUGAGCUGUGAUUGGAGGUGAAUGCCUACCAGGUGAAGAUUGGACAGGUGCCUCGAGAUGCUUUGAACAGCAAGAGCAAAGGCCCUGUGGCAGGAGAGCAUGGCACAUCUGAGCUACUGGAUGAAUGUCAGUGUGCCUGGAGUGCAGCACACACAGGGGCCUGGAGGAGAUGAUGGAGACAUGAUCAUGUAGGACCCAGUGGACCAAAUUAGGACUUCUGUCCUUUUAAGAAUGUAGAGGGGGAGCAGGAGUGACUUGGUCACAUUUGUGUUUUGAAAAGAUGAUUUUGGCUGCAGCCUGGAGAACUGAUUGAGCUCAGGGGCGCUGGUCAAGAAUGGGUACCCACACCCCUUUCCCCAGGUAGAGCGUGUGGGAGUUCUGUAGUCGGCAAUGGUGGAAGACUGCGCUAGGGUUGCAGCACAGACAUGGAGCCAAAUGAACUGCUUUGUGAACUGUAUCAGAGAGGAGAGCUCUGACUUAGACAUAGACUAACUGGCUUAAGGAAGGGAGCAGGAGGUAUCAAGGACAUCUGCAGUCUCCCAACAGGUCGUUAAUGGUGUCUUUCUCUGAGAAAUGGAGGAGGCUGGAAGGGGACUGGGUUAAGAGAAAAAUCAUGAUUUGGGUUUGGGACUUGUUGAGUUUGGAGUAACAAGAUAUCCAAGUGGUGAUGUCAAGUAGGCAGUUGGAUACAUGGGUCUUAAGCUUGGAGAGGAGGCUUGGAGAUGUUGCUUAGUGAGUCACCUGUGCAUGGGUGGUCAGUGGGGGAGUGGGUGUGGAGCACAGAACCUGGGGAGAAUGUGCUGAGUGAGAGGUGGAAAGGCCUGUGACCAAGCUUUGAGGGACUUUAGCAGUUCGUGGUCUAGAAGGGGAGCUUGAUCCUGCAAAGGAGACAGAAGGUUUGCAGCCAGAGAGGUAGGAGGGAAACCAGGAGAGUGGGUGACCUGGAAGUCAGGGGAGAAGAGAGGUUCUCCAGGCCACAAUGGCUGACAGUGCCAAGUGCUGCUGAGAAACCAACCAGAAAGGCUGAAAAGUGUCCCGUGGAUUUACUCUCAGGGAAGCCAUCGGCGACUUUAGCAAGAGCUAUUGUAGAAAGCAGUGGCUCUGAACCUGAGUCGAUUUUGCAGCCCUGCCUCCUGUCCCUGGACAUUGGGCAGUGUCUGGAGACCUUUUGGUUGUCACAGCUCAGCGUAGGGGUAAGCUGCUGGCAUCUAGCAGUUGGAGACCAGGAUUACUGUAAACAUUUUACAAUGGACAGAAUAGUCCCUCAUAACGAAGAGUUAUCUUUAGAAACCCUGCUGGAGAGUGAUGGGGGUGGAACCUGAUUAGCAUGGAGGUGGCCAGGCGUAGUCAUUUCCUAGAAGUUUGGUUACAGGUAAGAUUGGAAGUGAGGAGAAAGGUAAGAGUGAGGUGGGGGUGUGUGUGGUCAAGUUUGUUCCUUAGACUAGCAUUCUCAAAAAGCCAACGGGAGGGGUUCUGCUGAAGUGCUUGAGUGUAGAGAUAAGGCAUGAUCCCUAACCUUUUACAUCAUCUCACAGGGUUCACAUGGAGACACUGGACAAAAAAAGGGAGUGGAUCAGCAUCUUUCCUGUCUUUACAGGGUUAGCACAGAGGAUUAGAGCAGAUAGAGGUAGUUAGGUAUAGUGGGCCACAUAAUGGCCCCCCAAAAAUGUCCCUGUCCUAAUCCCUAGAACUCAUACAUGUAUUAUCUUAAUGGCAGAAGGGAUUUUUUGCAGAUGUGAUUAAGUUAAGGAUCUUGAGAUGGGAGCGAUGAUCUUGGAUUAUCUGGGUGGGCCCAAUGUAAUCACAGGCAUCUUAAUAAGAGGGACGUGGGAGGCUCAGAGUCAGAGAGAAAGAGAUUGGAGGAUGCUGCUCUGCUGGCCUUCAAGAUAGAGGAAGGAGCCAGGAGUCAAGGGAUACAGGCAGCUUCUCGAAGCUAGAAAAGGCAAAGAAACACAUUCAUUCUCAGAGCUUCCCGAAAGAAUGUGGCCCUGCCAAUACCUCGAUUUUAGGAUUUCUGACUUUUGGAACUAUAAGGUAAUACAUGUAUGUUGUUUUAAGCCACUGUGGUUUUGGCAGUUUAUUGGCAAUUUAUUACAGGAGCAACAGGAAACUCAUAUAGGAGGCUUUUGUGUUUGUGCGGGGACAUCUGCUAAAAUGUGCAGGGAAGUGGAGUGAGGUGGCCUGAAAUUGAGGAGAUCAGAGACGGUGAGUUCUGCUUGGGAUGAGGAGAGUUCCCGGUGCCCAUGAGGUGCUCAGGGGAGCUGUCCAGAGCACUCUGGUGUGUGUGGCUCUGCAGUAGAGAGACGCUGGGAUGACGGAGAAAACUAAGUAUAUAAAUUCAUGCAGCUGAAGCCCGGAGAAGGGAGGGCAUUGCCUAUAGAAAAGGUGCUUGGGGAGGAGAGAAGAGGCAUUUGCUUUGGAAUAUGAGUUUAAGGAAUCAUUGGAGGGAGAGGAGUUGAGAAGGCGUGGAGCAGUAGGAGGAGACAGUAAGAAGUCUCCUUAGCCCCCUUAGCGGGAGCUGUCUCACGAGCGGAAGCCAGAUUGCCGUGGAUUAAGGCGUGAGUGGGAGGUGAGGAGAGGGAACCAGUAAGGGUGCAUGGCUUGUUUUAAAAGUCUGGUUGCCCACUGAGCAAUUAUUAUAUGCCAGGUGCAUACUGGACACCUCUGGCAUCUCAUACUCUCCCUUGAAACAGUCCAUAGGGUGGGGGUUGCUGCCCCUCUUGUUCUGAUGAGGAAACACAGGACUCCCAUAGCUGGUCCACAGUAGACCUUGGGUUCCUUCAAAGAUAGUGUCCCUCCAUCAUGCCACCAUGUGAGGACUUCCCUUAUUGGGAGACAUUGCUAAUGGGGUGGAACAGUUAAUAGCUACCCUGAGCCUGUUUUUAUUAUGUGUUCAGAUUCAACCCAACUUUACAUAAACAGAGCAACUCCGGAGCACUAGGUCCUGAGCAGGGAGCUCUAGGGAUAAUGGGAAUGCAUGAGGUUUGCUCUCUGUUCUCAUGGAGUUGGUGGUUCAGUUAUGAGGGCAGGGGCCAUGGUGGAUAGGAGGGGAGGAAGCUUGUUCCCAACCAAGUAAUACAGAGGCAGAGUAUUGCUUGGUGACCACAGUGCUGCAGAUUGGAGAUGGAUCUUGUCUUGAAGGAUGGAUAGAAGUUCAACAGAGGAAGCCUGUGGCUUCACAGCCUAUUGGAAAAUUGCAGGAGAAACAAUUUAGGACCGUGCCCAGGGAAUGGCUGUUAGGAUCCCUUUCUGCUGCUGCUAGAGUCUGUACCUUGGGACAGCCCAGCUGUGGAAAGUUGAGAAUCUUUAAAGCAGACGAACUUUCCCAGGUUGACUGCCUGGCACAGGUCUAUGGUGAGAGGAAAGGAGGAAUAGAAGGCCCUAGAGUUUGCAACCUGGUUCUAGACUAGCUCUACCAGUCAAGAGUAGGCAUGGCCCCAGUUCAGGCAGUGGGACUGGUGGCCUGGAGGUUAUUCCCUCUGAGGUUUCUUCCUAGGUCCUUAACUGCAGCCAGCAGCCAGCAGAUGGGCACAGGGAGGGAGUGGUUAGAGGCUGCCAGACCAUAUGGAGGCUUUAACCUUUAGGAACCCAAGAGGCGAGAGACAUUGAAGGCCUAGAGCCACCAGAUGCUUAAAGUGGCUCAAGAAAAGUUGUGUGUGUGUGUAUGUGUGUGUUGGGCAUGGGUGUUUGGGUCUCCACUGGGGAAAAGCAGGCAUGAAGAAUGGCUCUGCCUACUCAGGUGAUGGGUGGGCUGAAUGGUGGGAGAGGACGGGGAAGGUGGGGUGAACAGUGGUGCUGAUUUUUGGACCAGGAUCUGGAAACCCUACAUCCUAAAUAAACUGCCCUCAUUUGUGAAGUCCUGUCCCAAAGCCAUACUGUAUAUCAUCUUCUUUGGACAGUAUAUCAUCAUCCAUACUGUAUAUCAUCUUCUGCCUGCAGAAGCUCUGGCCCCCAUUCAGCACAACACAUUUCCUUCCACACUCCCUCAGUACAUACACUGUACUCUGUACAAAUGAUGGUGGUGGUCAUGACAAGCAUAGCUGUUAAUGUUUAUUGAGCACUUACUGUGUGUCUGGGUCUGUGCUCAGUGCUUUGUAGCAUAAUCUCAUCUGAUCCUAACAACGCUCCUGUGACAUAGGUAUUAUUCCAUCCAUUGCACAGCUGAGAAAACUGAGGCCUGGAGAGGAUGAGUCAUUCUGCACAAAGCUAAACAGCUGAUUGUGGACAAGAACAACCGCUAUAAGUCCAUAGAUGGCUCAGACGAGACCAAAGCCAACUGGAUGAGGUACGUGGUCAUCUCUCGGGAGGAGAGGGAGCAGAACCUGCUGGCGUUCCAGCACAGUGAGCGCAUCUACUUCCGGGCAUGCAGGGACAUCCGGCCUGGGGAGUGGCUGCGGGUCUGGUACAGCGAGGACUACAUGAAGCGCCUGCACAGCAUGUCCCAGGAAACCAUCCACCGCAACCUGGCCAGAGGAGAGAAGAGGUUGCAGAGGGAGAAGUCUGAGCAGGCUCUGGAUAACCCAGAAGACCUGAGGGGUCCCAUUCAUCUCCCUGUGCUGAGACAGGGCAAAAGUCCCUACAAGCGUGGCUUUGAUGAGGGGGACGUACACCCCCAAGCCAAGAAGAAGAAAAUUGACCUGAUUUUCAAGGAUGUUCUGGAGGCCUCACUGGAAUCUGCAAAGGUGGAAGCCCACCAGUUGGCCCUGAGCACCUCACUGGUCAUCAGGAAAGUCCCCAAGUACCAGGAUGAUGCCUACAGUCGGUGUGCAACAACCAUGACCCAUGGUGUGCAGAAUAUAGGCCGGACCCAGGGGGAGGGGGACCGGAAGGUCCCCCAGGGGGUCUCCAAGGAGCCAGGCCAAUUGGAGGAUGAAGAAGAGGAGCCUUCAUCAUUCAAGGCUGACAGUCCUGCCGAGGCCUCCCUUGCAUCUGACCCUCAUGAACUUCCCACCACCUCUUUUUGCCCUAACUGUAUUCGCCUAAAGAAGAAGGUUCGGGAGCUUCAGGCAGAAUUAGACAUGCUUAAGUCUGGGAAACUUCCUGAGCCCCCCGUAUUGCCACCACAGGUACUGGAGCUCCCAGAGUUCUCGGACCCUGCAGCCUCAGAGAGCAUGGUCUCCGGCCCCGCCAUCAUGGAGGACGAUGACCAGGAAGUCGAUUCAGCAGAUGAAUCUGUCUCCAACGAUAUGAUGACUGCGACGGAUGAGCCCUCCAAGAUGUCAUCGGCCACUGGGCGCCGAAUCCGGCGCUUUAAGCAGGAAUGGCUGAAGAAGUUCUGGUUCCUGCGGUACUCCCCGACCCUCAAUGAGAUGUGGUGUCACGUCUGCCGCCAGUACACGGUGCAGUCCUCACGCACCUCAGCCUUCAUCAUCGGCUCCAAACAGUUUAAGAUUCACACCAUCAAACUGCACAGCCAGAGCAACCUGCACAAGAAGUGCCUGCAGCUGUACAAGCUCCGCAUGCACCCGGAGAAGACAGAGGAGAUGUGUCGCAACAUGACCCUGCUCUUCAACACCGCCUACCACCUGGCCCUGGAGGGCAGGCCCUACCUGGACUUCCGGCCCCUGGCAGAGCUGCUGAGGAAGUGUGAGCUCAAGGUGGUGGACCAGUACAUGAACGAGGGAGACUGCCAGAUCCUCAUCCAUCACAUCGCCCGGGCCCUGCGGGAAGACCUGGUGGAGCGCAUCCGCCAGUCACCUUGCCUCAGCAUCAUCCUGGAUGGGCAGAGCGAUGAUCUGCUGGCCGACACGGUGGCUGUCUAUGUUCAGUAUACCAGCAGCGACGGGCCCCCGGCCACAGAGUUCCUGUCCCUGCAGGAGCUGGGGUUCUCUAGCACAGAAAGCUAUCUCCAGGCACUUGACCGGGCCUUCUCAGCCUUGGGCAUCCGGUUACAGGAUGAAAAGCCAACCGUUGGCUUGGGUGUAGAUGGAGCCAAUAUCACAGCCAGCCUCCGUGCCAGCAUGUUCAUGACCAUCCGCAAGACGCUGCCCUGGCUGCUGUGCCUGCCCUUCAUGGUGCACCGGCCCCACCUGGAGAUCCUGGAUGCCAUCAGCGGGAAGGAGCUCCCGUGCCUGGAGGAGCUGGAGAACAACCUGAAGCAGCUGCUGAGCUUCUACCGCUACUCGCCACGCCUCAUGUGUGAGCUGCGGUCCACGGCGGCCACCCUCUGUGAGGAGACGGAGUUCCUGGGGGAUAUCCGGGCAGUGCGCUGGAUCAUCGGUGAGCAGAACGUCCUCAACGCCCUCAUCAAGGACUACCUGGAGGUGGUGGCCCAUCUCAAGGAGGUCAGCAGCCAGACCCAGCGGGCAGAUGCCUCGGCCAUCGCACUGGCCCUGCUGCAGUUCCUCAUGGACUACCAGUCCAUCAAGCUCAUCUACUUCCUGCUGGACGUGAUCGCUGUGCUCUCGCGCCUGGCCUACAUCUUCCAGGGCGAGUACCUGCUGGUGUCCCAGGUGGAUGACAAGAUCGAGGAGGCCAUCCAGGAGAUCAGCCGGCUGGCUGACUCCCCUGGAGAAUACCUGCAGGAGUUCGAGGAGAACUUCCGAGAGAGCUUCAAUGGGAUCGCCAUGAAGAAUCUCAGGGUGGCUGAAGCCAAGUUCCAGUCCAUCAGGGAGAAGAUCUGCCAGAAGACCCAGGUCAUCCUGGCUCAGAGGUUCGACUCCCGCAGCCGGAUCUUUGUGAAGGCCUGCCAGGUGUUCGACCUGGCUGCCUGGCCCAGGAGCAGUGAGGAGCUGAUGAGCUUUGGCAAGGAGGAUAUGGUGCAAAUAUUUGAUCACCUGGAGGCCAUCCCGACCUUUUCCCGGGAUGUCUGUAGGGAAGGGCUGGACCCCCGGGGUAGUCUGUUGAUGGAGUGGCGAGAACUCAAGGCAGAUUACUACACCAAAAAUGGCUUCAAAGACCUGAUCAGCCACAUUUGCAAGUACAAACAGAGGUUUCCACUCUUGAACAAGAUCAUCCAGGUUCUUAAAGUCCUCCCCACUUCCACCGCUUGCUGCGAGAAAGGCCGCAAUGCCCUCCAGCGAGUUCGCAAAAACCACCGCUCCCGCCUGACCCUGGAGCAGCUUAGCGACCUGUUGACAAUCGCUGUAAACGGACCGCCAAUCGCCAACUUUGAUGCCAAGCGAGCCCUGGACAGCUGGUUUGAGGAGAAGUCUGGGAAUAGUUACGCGCUGUCCGCAGAAGUCCUCAGUAGGAUGUCUGCGCUGGAGCAGAAGCCAGCGCUACAGACCGUGGACCACGGGACAGAGUUUUACCCCGACAUUUAGGAAGCUGGCACUGCAGAGUUCACUAAGCUGUUGAAUAUUUUUUUAAUCUAUACUCAUAAGCUUUGAUAUAUUAUAUAAAUAUAUAUUAUAUUAUAUUAUAUAUAUAUAUAUAUAUAAACUUACACUGAAAAUUUUUAAAAACCAAGGUGACGUGUCCACCAGAAGCCACUGGGAGCUUUCAGAAAGGAAAAAUGUUGGAAACUGACUCUUGUCUACAAAAUUUGGCAGCUGCAACAUACAUGGCAACUCAUUUUCACUCACAGAAGCACGUGCUGGGGCCUCCUGUGUUCCCACCUUACUGUUCACCAACAGCAUAAGCUAAAAUGACAGGUCUCUGUCAUCACCUUUAGGUAGCUCAUUUUGUUUAUGUUUUCAUUUGUGGGUGGAGGGGCUCUGGGUUUGGGUUUAUGUUCUUGCCUUUUCUUUUUUCAUUUGGUUUUAUGAUGGGAGGGAGCUCCUCGGCCUCCUCAUUGACAUUCUGGUCCGGCUGAAUCAGAUCUCUGACUUAAGCCAGGGUGGGUUGUCUCUCUGGAUUGGGGGGAUUGACCUUUCUCCCUCUCCACCUGACUUCAGCUUGAGAUCUUUUUUUAUUCAUUUCCUGAUGAGGGUUCCUUCACUGUCCUACAAACAAAAGUGUCGGUCAAACUGUGACACUGCCACACCUCACCUCUGUUGCCUCGUCCAUCCCUGGGAUGUGGAUCCCUUCCUUCCAGCCCCCCUAGAAAUUCACGAUAUUACCCAUUAUACCGAAGGCAACAUUGCCUCACCGCCGAGCUUGAAAUCCUGGGGAAGGGAGAAGGGGUGAGCUUUUAGCAUUCCUGUUUAUACGAGGUGGAGGAUAAAACAAUUCCAUUCCGAUCCGAUCCAGGGCUUUUGGGGAGAUAAAGAGCCAAGAAGUCCAGACCCCAAUAGGGGAGUGAUUUUUGGCUAAAAAAUAGGUAAAAUGAAAAGUACGUAUUCGAGUUACAUGGAUUAUUUAUGCUCUUUCUUUAUAAUCAUAUUAUGUGUUGAGGGUUUUUUUUUUUCCUUUAAUAAUCAAGAAAUGCCUGCUAUAGUUCAGUGGCAGGAGGUGUCAAUGCAAAUUGUGCCCUGAGUUAUACAUAACUCAGAUGAGAGUCUCUACAGAUGUGGUCCUUCUUUUGCAACAAGGCUGAUAACAUGCUCCAUGGUCAUAGGAAACUGGGGAAUGUGUCUCUGCCUGUAAACUCUUCCUUUUUUGAACAGGAUAGAGAUGUCCUAAAGAAAUGGAGAAAAGAAGAGAGGACUCUCAAGGCAUCAGCCUACACACACACACACACACACACACACACACACACACACACAAUCACAAUAUACAAUAUAAGCUUUAGAAAUAGCCACUUGCCUACUCCCUGGGGCAAGUAGUGUUUUAAACUAGAGGAGUCUGAUCAAUGCUCUUUCAUUCAUUUAACUACCGGUAUACCUCGCAAGGGAGUUUUAAAAAAUGUGCGUGAGCUGUUAAAAACUUCUGUUCAUGUUUCUACAUCUGAUUUAUGCAUAUUUUAUAUGCAGAGAUCCUAUCACGUGGAUGCAGGUCAUUUUGGAGUGGGGGGAGGAAGAUCUGAAUUAUAUACACGUGGUCAGUUCUGCUGAGAGCUUCAUCUCUUGGUUGGCAGAAGGUGGUGUGGUCUGGCCACAGGCAAGGCCCCAGUGUCUUCAACCUGCUUGGUUCAGACAUUAUAAAACUGUGGUGGCUUCCUUCCUUCUUGGUUUAUGUUGUCUCUGAGGCCUCAUGCCACCGUUGAGAACCAUAGUGGAAAUGUCAUCAACACUGAACAUGUUAUAGCCCUUUCUUGGUCCCACCAGUCCCUUCAUCCCCCACCAGUCCCUUCCCCUUCACCCCCAUGGUCUUGGUGCUAAGAUAACUUUAGAAUCAUUGCUGCUAGUCAAUAGCUUUUCAUUAUAUAAAUAUAUUAUAUAUAUUAUAUAUUAUUUUUGAAACAUUUUUGUUUGUUUUCAACAGUGAUGUAGCAUGUUAGAAAAACAAAACAAAACAAAACAAAAAACCUGGGCUCCUCCAACUGUCCCACUGCCAGGCCUCAUAUGCUGCCUUCUUCAACAAAUCAAUGCACCCCUGCCUGGUGACAUCCACCCCACCGUCCACCCCAGUUGCACACAUGCUUCCCCACCCUCCUCUGAGCAAGAAGACAGUUAGCAGGAAUGAGCAAGGAAAGGUUGAAAGCCCCCUUCUGAGGCUCUGAGGUUCCCAGCCCCGUUCCACUUCCCCACUUUAAACUGAUGUCUCCCUCCAUCUGCUCCUCCCAUUAGGGUCAAAACCUAACUGUGGUCAAGUGGGAUGCUGUUACAAAGCACCAGGUCCCACCUGGCCCAGCCCCAGCCUCGGGACUUCCUGUCCCCUCACACACGCAAACUGCUGUGUCUGGGGAGUUCCACUGAGCACUGCAGAGACUAAGAAGGGUUGAGGGCAGAGAUGGCUGGCAAGACAGGGCUUGGUGAGGGCAGAAACAGUAGGUUGGGAUCCUUUCUUCUAGCCAACAGUUGCCUUACACCUUACAUUGGGUAAUGGGUAGGGAGGAGCAGGCCAAGGCUCCCACUCAUUUGAAAACCAGGAAGAGAGAACCAGUGUCUUCUUGAGCACCUGGUCAGUUGGGGCUACACUUUUUCCUCUCAAGAGAUCAUGGCCAAAAUGAGCUAAAAUCUUCAGCUAGAAGGGGUAAAGCUUAUGAGCCAGUGCCAGUGCCUACCCUGUAGCCCCUGAUAAAGCUGAGAGCAGGUGACCUGCUUCUGGCCUAACAGAAUGAGCUGCUAGGCACAGCAUGCAGCUGCAGGGGUCACCUCCUCAGCUGGCCAGCAGACCUUGCAAAAGCUAACCCAGGUGGUCCUGAAGUUAGGUUAGGGCAUCCCUGAAACUCUGGGUACUUGUGGCUUCUGCUAAAUUUAGCCAUGCCAGGGCUGUGGCAGACACUCUGUAGGCCACAUUGCUUUGGGACAGGGAAUAAUUUGGGUGAUACACCACUGCAAUUUACACAGGGUCUCUUCUCAGCUUGGAUGUUCCCUGGGAGGCCCAGUGCUUCUGUCCUGUGAAUUCUGCGUGUGAUUACCCAUGAUUUCUGUCAUAGGCAUUUCUCACUCUUCUGCUUGCUUGAGAAGGACUUGGACUGAUAGGACACUCAGAGUCUAGCCCAGGGAGCCAUAUGCUUGGCUAACCUAAUCUCCCCUUGAUGUGUAUACAGAAUUGUGGAAAAGCAGUUGGUGCAUCCCAAACGUGGUUACUUCAGACAAGACAGAGCCCUUUAACUCAGUCUCUGGCUUAGGAGUGAUGACUACAGGCUUAGAAUGAAAUGUGUCUCGGGCUGAGACUUGACAUAACUGGGCUGGCUGAUUAGUGGCUUUCUUUGGCUCAUGGGGAUGGUGGGAAGUGAGAUCAACCUUGAGGCCCAGGUUUGUGGCCAACUGUGCCAAGAAGAUACCUGGCAGAGCCUGGGAGCCAGGGCCCUUAUGAUUAACAUGAUCUGUUUUUCCUUCAUGGAGGACAAAACAAAAGAUCCACUGCCAUCUAGUAUCUGUGAAACAUGGGGACAGCCCAGCCAUGUCUGUAACUCUUGCCAUGUCAGAAUCCCCAAGUUUUGCCUGCCUGGUUGAAUAUGAGAGUCCAGGCAUCAAAAACAGCAGUCUGAUUUAAUUUUUUGAAUGACUGGCCUAUGACACCUUGUGAUGCUGGGCACAUCCUCAUUUCCCCAUUCUCACUUGGGACUGAGAGCAGGCUCCAGCUCCGGGGUCCCUGGAUGGCAAGGUUCAGUGCUGGGCCCUGGAAUCUAUGGCACUUGGAGGUCUCUGACCUCAGCCUCUACCACAUGUUUCCAAGUUGAGUUCUUUUGCUGAACCCCCUUCCCUUGAGUUGCUUAUGCCAACCCUUUAAUUUGGGAAAAGGACCUUGUAAUUACUUAAGGUAAUGUUUAAAUGUUUUCCAUUCAUUUGGAGGUGGUGCCAAAAGCGGGGAAAGCACGCAGAAGGCUGGAAACGAUAGCUGACAGCCUGCCGUGGGCCCACAGCCCUGGCCCAGCCUGCACUGAGGGGCUUGUGCCAUGUUACUUGAUCACCUGGAGCCUGAUGGGACCCAGGAGGUAGCCUGAGGGGUUGAAGUAUAACUUCCCUCUUCUGGAUGCCCCCUUUCACUUUUCCUUCUCCCCUCUCUGGGAAUGGGAGGUCUAAACCUAGGUCUGCUUUUGGCUUCCAGUCUGGGUUGAUUUCCAAGUAGAAUUCAUGCUUUUUCUUGGCCCAUAGGUCCAAUUUUUGGCAGAAGGCACUGGACUUGUGCCCCUUCCCUGCUUCAAGAGGCAGAUCUAGCCAGGCCAGGCUGGAACAGCUGAAACAGGCAGGCCAGGCCUCCUCAGAUAAGAAAGGGGUUUUCAGAGGGCAGUGGUGCACCCAUUCCAGACACCAGUCUUCUGGGGAAGUGGUGCUGUGUCAUGGGUUCUAGUCUGGCCUCUUCCUCGGUCCUCAGGAGGACUCAAGAGACUGGCACAGACCUUCUGCUUGGAGGGAAACCCAUCUCCCACUUGGUGGGGGCCCUUCUCUUGCCGUCUGUUGGUUAGGGUGCUUGAGCUGAGUGGAUGGUGCUGUGAUAUUUUUAAGGAGCCUUUGAGGCAAUCUUUGCAUGUUAGCCAGAGGGAGAAAAAGUGCCCUUUUGGGAGGAAAAUGGUACACCCCUCCGCUUCCAUCUGGCACUCCCUUCCCCCCGCCCCCGCAAGUGGUAUCGCCCUGGAAAUACCUAUGCAAUCCAGUCUCUCUAGGAGAGAGUGCAUGGAAGCAGGGGUAUGUGCAGUGUAGAAUACAGAUGCUACAGCAUAUAUGUUGUAUAUAUGGACAUAUACAGUAUGUAUACACACAGAGUAAGAGAGUAAAUCACGUCUAUAUAUCUAUAAAUAAUAUCCUAUAUAUUUAUACAUUUCUAUGUUUUAAAUAGAUAUAAAAAUAGAGUCUAUAGAGCUGGGAGAGCAGUGGGAAGCCUGGCGCUGUGUUGUGCAAAGGGGGAGGGAGCACGGCCUUCGGAGAGGGAGCCAGGGAAGGCCAGCAGGCAGGGUUGGCUGGCAAGGGGGCCUCCUACCCGGAGUGUUGGAGAGGAGAGUGGCUGGGUCCCGGCUCGCUCCAUGCACUUUCUCUCCUUUUCCACAGGCUUGGUCUGAGGUUGGAAGGAGAUACCCCCUGAGCUCCAGCUGAGGUGCCCCCUACCUCUCCCCACCCCCACAGCCUACGCUUAGGUGGUCACUGCUGCUUGGCAGUAGGACGUGGUCUCUGACUCCUGGUGGAGGGACCACUGCACAAACUCCUUCAAAACCCUCUCCCACCAGGACUGAGCAGCGUCGGUGGCAAUAGGAAAGGUGCAAACUGGAUCAAGAGCUGGUCCAGGAAAGAUACCGCCCCUGCCCUCUUAGAUGCUUCUGCUGCCCCUAGAGGCCGAGCUGCUGAAGUGCAGCCAUCCUGGCCUCCCUCACCUGCUCAACCACUUUCGGGGAGAGGAUGCGGGCAGCGUGAGCAUCGCCAGGCAGCGCUGCCCACCAUCCACAGGCUUUCUGGCCAGGGCAGGUGGCAUCAGCUAGCAGGAGACGGUGGGAGAGACAUAUCUGCACACUCAUAAAUUCAAUGGCAACUCCAGUCCAGAAGCAGGGCUUGGGCCCAGCCCGCUCCGCGCAGCAGCUGCUGCUGGCUGUACUCAGGACAACGCUGUUUCCCCUCCCUCACAGAGGCCCGGUGGCCCCUACCCCACUCCCGCCGUAACAGGCAGGUUUAGUUCACGUACACUGUUCGCAUUCUGUAACUUGAGGCAGAGGCUGAGCCGGGAUGCCCCAAGCUCAUCCACUUUCGUUGGGGAGGGCGCCUCCCUGGGUUUAUCACCAGCUCCCAGCCCGGGCCAGGCAGGGAUGUCUGGGGGCCACGCGGGGGCACCGGUGCAAGCUGGCAACAUGACGGAGGGCUUGUGCAGCCCUGACGGGACCCAGAAGCCCAUUUGCUCCCAGUUUCCUCUCUCUGUUUUUUUCCUCCUGGAGGUAGGAGAGAGGGCCUGACCAGGCACCCGAUGAUGGAGCAAAGGCAGCUGCAUGCUCCCUCUCUCCAGACCAGCCUUCCACCUUUGGAGUCCGAAGGGGCAUUUGCUCCCAUCCUGAGCCUCCUCUGCCCCUGUCUUGCUCUACCCCACCAUCCUACAAGUACCUCAGUCUCCAGCAGGCCCACCCCUCCACUUGCAGCCCAGGGCGGGUCUGUUCUGCCAAUGCCCACCUCCUUGAGCCACAGCUAGCUGCCAACUGGGUCUUGGGACACCCUCCAGUACCUGGCUCAAGAGAGACCAGGCCGGGCCGAGCCUUCUUCCCACUGCUGUGGACCAGACCCACGGCCAGGGGAUGGGCAUCCCCAGGUAGCAAUCCCACAAUGCACUGUACCUCAGAGAGAGAGCACGCCAGGGGCACCAAGGGACCGAGCCCUCCGUCCAGAGGGGGACAGCGGUCACAAUACUGCUCACCAAAAGACAAAGGCCGGGCUGCCCUCGGGCACCCCUCAGUCUUCACUUUUGUCUCUCCGGAAGAACCAGCAGUCUGAUUCCGUCUAUUUCAGCCCCCGUCUCUCUCCUCUCCACCCCCACGCUGCUGAACCGUUUUCAUGUCAAUCACAAAGGAAAAAUAAGUGGGGGUGGGGGGAAAUACCUAGGAGUCUAUUAUCACAUAUUAAUAUGUUAAUACUUUCUUUCUUUAAAAAACAAACCUCUUGAUGUUAUUAUUUUGCAGACUACGCUUUAUAGUACCUGUGUGACGGGACCUAGAACACUGGAUACAAAUAGAGCUAUGUUGGUUUAUCAUAAUAUGUACGCAGAAACUUUCUUUUUGUCAUAUUAUCCUUGUAAUGUAAGAAGAUUGUUAAUAAAAGCAUUUAAAUUUACUCAC